AUGAUCGCAAAGGCUCUUCUUUCCUGGCUAGCGGCUUCUGCCACUGUAUUUGCCGUACCUACCGCUGAUCUCGAUGCGCGAGCCUGCACUACCCCUGCAAACUCACUCAAGAACCCCAGCUUUGAGUCCAGUUUGACUUCUUGGGUAUUCAAGCCCACAUAUGCCAAGCUCGGCAGUGCAGCUGUCGUGACUGGUGGUUAUAAAAGUGACCAUGCAGUUCAAGUUGGUGCAACUGCUGGAACCAACGAUCCCACAAGCUACAACAAGCUGUACCAAACCUUCAAAAUCUGCAAAGCAUCGCGCUUCCAGCUAUCAUGGUCCAUGCUCCUUCCCAAGGAUGGGUCCAAAUACACAUCGCCUAAUAUUCCCGGACUUUAUGUCGAGGCUCAAGCACCUGAUGGUCUGUGGCAUCAAUUGGGAAAUUUCCAGUUUUCUUCAAAGACAUUCAGCAGCCAGAUUUUCUCUCCAAGCAAGAAGGGUACACAUAAUAUCGAUUCAUGGGCGAAUUUUGUUGCGGACUUUCCCACUUCACAGACUGGUACUUGGACUAUCUCGAUGGAGUGGUAUGCUCAACCGACAUCUGGGAAGACGACAACGUUGAAGGUUAAGAUGGAUAACUUUACUGUCAAGCCGAAGGCUUAG